UUUUCGAUCUACUUUUUCUGGGAGACGCAGCGGCAGCAGUCUGUGUGUGUUGCUAACAGAGGAGCCGUCCGGAGACCAGCUUUAAACCAUGAGACCGCUUUUACUCGGAGUGCUGGGCUGCUCCCUGGUCCUGUCUGUCCAAGCCUUUUACUCAGCCAGUGAUGAUGUUAUUGAGCUCACCCCCUCUAACUUCAACAAGGAGGUGAUCCAGAGUGACAGUCUGUGGCUGAUUGAGUUUUAUGCUCCCUGGUGUGGCCACUGUCGAAAUCUAACUCCUGAUUGGAAGAAGGCGGCCACUGCCCUCAAGGGUAUUGUCAAGGUUGGUGCCGUAGAUGCAGACCAGCACAAGUCACUGGGUGGCCAGUAUGGCAUCAAAGGUUUCCCCACCAUCAAGAUCUUUGGAGCCAAUAAAAACAAGCCAGAGGAGUACCAAGGAGGACGCAGUAGCCAGGCCAUCGUGGACGGAGCCAUGGGCGCUUUACGCGCUCUGGUGAAAGAGAGGAUGAGCGGCAGGUCAGGCGGCUCUGGCUCCAAGCAGAGUGCCGGUGGCAGUAAGCAGGACGUGGUCGAGCUCACCGAUGACAACUUUGACAAGCUGGUGCUGGAGGGCGAUGAGGUGUGGAUGGUGGAGUUCUUCGCCCCCUGGUGUGGACACUGCAAGAACCUGGAGCCGGAGUGGGCAGCUGCAGCCUCAACCGUCAAGGAGCAGACCAAGGGCAAAGUUCGCCUCGGAGCUGUGGAUGCUACUGUGCACCAGACUGUGUCCAGCCGCUACGGGAUCCGCGGAUUUCCCACUAUCAAGAUUUUCCGUAAAGGCGAGGAGCCCGAAGACUACCAAGGAGGCCGCUCCCGUAAUGACAUCGUCGAGAGGGCUUUGGAUCUGUUCUCUGAUAACGCCGCUCCUCCUGAGAUGCUGGAGAUCCUCAGUGAAGACGUCCUGAAGAAGACCUGUGAGGACAGUCAGUUGUGUAUAAUCGGUGUCCUGCCACACAUCCUGGACACAGGAGCAUCAGGUAGAAAUGGCUACCUGGAGGUGAUGAUGAAGAUGGCUGAGAAAUACAAGAAGAAGAUGUGGGGCUGGCUGUGGACUGAGGCUGGAGCUCAGAUGGAGCUGGAGGCCGCUCUGGGUAUCGGUGGAUUUGGCUACCCCGCCAUGGCCGCCAUCAACACACGCAAGAUGAAGUUCGCUCUGCUGAGGGGCUCCUUCAGCGAGACUGGCAUUCAUGAGUUCCUCAGGGAGCUUUCUGUGGGCCGCGGAUCAACCGCCACACUGGGGGGUGGAGCCAUGCCAAAGAUUCACGCGGUUGAAGCCUGGGACGGUAAAGAUGGGCAGCUUCCUGUGGAGGAAGAGUACGACCUCAGCGAUGUGGACCUGGACGAUGACUUUGAUAAAGAUGAGCUAUGAGCCCAAACGAGGAAGGAUCUAAUCCAGACUGGCUUGGUUGGAUCUGGUCUGGUCUGGUCUGGUCCUGUGCAACCCGCCUCCCCUCUCCUGUGGACGAAUGGGAGGCCCGGUCGCUCAGUUACUGAAAUAAUCCAGAAAAGACAUAUGAGAGACACCUGCAGUUUCUCACAUCAUCUUUGUCUGUCACACGGGGACAGGA